GUGCACAGCCUGCAGGAGCUGCGGCGCAGCGCGUCCCUGGCCACCAAGGUCUUCGUGCAGCGGGAUUAUAGCGACGGGACUACGUGCCAAUUCCAGACGAAAUUCCCCCCCGAGCUGGAGAGCCGGAUCGAGCGGCAGCUCUUCGAGGAAACUGUGAAAACCCUUAACAGCUUCUACGCUGAAGCAGAGAAGAUUGGGGGCAGCUCGUACCUGGAGGGGUGCCUGGCCUGCGCCACCGCCUAUUUCAUCUUCCUCUGCAUGGAGACGCACUACGAGAAGGUCCUGAAGAAGAUCUCCAAGUACAUCCAGGAGCAGAACGAGAAGAUCUAUGCACCACGGGGGUUGCUGCUCACAGACCCUCUGGAGCGUGGCAUGAGG